GAAUAAUCUCUGUUCUCCGAUCCCUCUUCAAUAUUUUGCACCAAAUUCCCUUUUUUUCCCCUCAAAAGUUUGGAGAAUCAGUCAAAAUGUCGUUCCAAAUGAGCGAGCAAGAUAUCAAGGCCAAUCAGUCUCAUAUUGAUUAAUUCUAUGACAUACAAAAUAGGGUUCUUGACCCAAAUAGGCCUUUGGUAACAACAGAGGAAUGGGUUACAGUCAGGAGACCAAGCAAUAUUUAAGCGCAGCUAUUUUAUGGUGGUAUUUCUUCGCUAGAAAUGGAGUCACGGUCGACGAUAAACCUAUCUUUAUACCUCGACCACGUUACAUUAGUCUCGACACGCUACCACAUUCGCAGAGAGAGCUUCAAGACAUCAACAGAUUUCAAGUUCCUAGUAACACUGUUCGAGCUCAACUUGUAGCAGUCCAGAGUGCUGGUCUUACCGUAGGUCAAUCUCUUGAUCCUGUCCCAGAGCAAAGCCAAAAGGCUAUCAAGGAAGAAGCUUCUCAGAAGAAGGCUGAACGCCAACAAGCAGAUGAUGCGGAGCGAAAAUUCUAUGACGAGAAGACUGGCCAAUACUACGAUCAAAAAGCCUACCAGAAGCUCUUAGACGAUCGCUCCGAGAAGAAAAUCCGAAACUUCAUCGAGGAAUCUAUUGAGACUCUCAGAAAGGAAGUUCGAGAGGAAAUCGAAUCCCUGAAAGCCAAUACUGCCAAACAGCAGUUGACUACUCAGCUUUUGGAAGACUUUAUCCUCAAGUCAAUGCCUCCGCAGGAAGUGGAAGAAUUGGCUAGCCGAUUGCUACAGCGAUUAAAGCUGCAGGCUGCUGCUUCUUCUGUUGAUCCUACGGUCAUUUAUUGCGGUAUUCUUGCUGCCAAUCCUGCGGCUAAUUCUUCUGGAGAUGAUGAGGAUGGAACUAGUGAAGCCGAUGGUGGUGACGUCUAAACUCUCAUCCCACUUCAACCAUAUGUUUGCUUAACAAUCUAUGAGCGAGGAGCAUUUGAGGUGGAGGAAGUGGUUCUUUUGUGCAUGUGGGUGAAAACGGUCAAGUUACUUGGUAACUGAGAUGAUCGAAAACAAAAUGUUACUUGGUAACAAAAAUAGAUGAAAGCAAAAGUUCUUGGUACUAAAAUAUUACACAGCUACAUUGCCACGAAAAGGGAGAUCAGAAGAAAGUUUAUUGGUAGCAACCUGAGCUAUAAACUCGAAUGAUGAAUCUCAUGGAUAAGAUCA